UGGGGCCUGAGGAACAAGGAUUUGGUAAAUCGGUGAAAUUAGCGGAGGGACCCUCCUUCCAAAUGACAAUCAUAAACAUACAAUCAUACCAAAAGCUAACCUGUGAUCUGAUCUGGCUUUUUGUUUUCUCGGCAAAAAAAAAAGACCUUCGCCGAAGCAGGAAAUCUGUUGAAAUUUAUGACCGCGUGAAGGCAUGGGCCCUAAUGUCAAACGAACAGAGUCGAGAGCUGGGCAAGAGAUCCCAAGAGUCUGUGCAAGCCUUAACCUUAUCGAUUCCAACAUGGCGCCGGUUGCCGAACAGAAGAAAGAGAAAGAAACAGCGACAGACAAGAAAGAAGAGGCAAAAUCUAAAGAUGAGACCAAGAAGGAAGAAGAAAAAGAGCUGAGCGAGGAAGAUAGACAAUUGCAAGAGGAGUUGACAAUGCUCGUGGAAAGAUUGUCGGAGUCUAAUGUUUCAUUACACAAGCCAGCACUGGAGGCUUUAAGGUCACAAAUCAGAGCCAGUACUAGCUCAAUGACAUCGGUUCCAAAACCUUUGAAAUACCUUAGACCACACUUCUCUACUCUGAAAGAUAUUUGUGACAAGUGGGGAGAUGGUGAAAAUAAAAGAUUCUUGGCAGACAUUAUCUCAGUUCUUGGCAUGACAAUCAGUGAGGGCCGUGAGUGUCUGAAAUUCAGAAUGCUAGGAUCUAAAGAAGAGCUUGAAUCAUGGGGCCAUGAAUAUGUCAGGUAAGUGUUUUUAAAGUGUUCAAUUUGC